AUGAAGGUUGAGUUACUUGAGUAUUUGAGAUCGCUUACUAGUAAUACUGAUUCAGAUGAAGUGGAGACUCAGUGUGGGGAGAAUAGAAAUAAAGAGACUAGUAAUGAGAACAUUGAGUAUGAUAGUCUGAAUGAUGAAAUGGAGUAUCAAAUGUAUUUAUUCACAUUGUAUUGUAAUCAUCCUGUUACUGGAGAAUUUAUGGAGUCAAUACUUGAAGUACAUAAAGAUGAACUACUACCCACAGUACUGGAUAAAGCUUAUGAGUUAAUGAAAUUAGCUCCUCAUAUUCCUAUUGAGAGAUGCCGUUUAGUUAAGUAUCAUUAUGUUGAUGAUUUGAUGGAGCAAUCCUUUGAUCUGGAUGAGUUUCAGCAUCAAACUAUUGGACAGAUUGUGGGUAGGGCUAGUAGGUAUUAUCCUUUUGGAUUAUUCUUAGAAACUUGUGAAGAAAGUGAAAUAUCUGAUAAAUAUCAUGAUGGAGCUAAUAACAUAAUGAUAUCAGUGGUUGAUGUGUCAACUGGUAAAGGACCAGCUAAACCAAUGAGAGUUGAAGAAGGUUGGACUGUUAGAGAAUUAAAACAACAUAUAGGAGAAGUAUAUAGUCUCAAUUCAUCAUGUAUGAGAUUAGUAAUGAAGAAUUAUAAUGAUGUUACUGAUAUUAGUGAUGUAGGAUGUACUUUAGAGGAGAUAUUCAGAAAGUCAACACAUGAAGAUAGACAAGUAUUGACAUUAAUACUGUAA